CGGACAAAGAAUUAAAGUUCAGCGGCUAAUCAAGGAAACACGGGCAGUCUACAACACAGCAAUGAAAUGUGCGUCUUAAACUUUCAGCUACAGCCUGACUGCGAGCAUCCCACGCUGAACACGUUGGAUCUGCUGACACUGGACUCCUCGCUCUCUUCUGACCUCCAGUGUCAGCAGCCGGUGCCUUGAAGAUGGUCAACCCUCAGAUAUACCUCCACUACAACUACACGGGGAAGCUGGACCACCGGCCCACCGUCGGCACAAGCCGCGGCACCGUGGACACCAAAACCAUCGUGUUCCUCGUCAUAUGCAGCUUCAUCGUCCUGGAGAACCUCACCGUGCUGACCGCCAUAUGGAGAAACCACAGGUUCCACAACCGCAUGUACUUCUUCAUCGCCAACCUGGCGCUCUGCGACCUGCUGGCUGGAGUCGCUUACCUGGUCAACCUGCUCCUGUCAGGAGAGAAGACCCUGCAGCUCUCACCUGCGCUCUGGUUUGUCAGAGAGGGGAGCAUGUUUGUAGCACUUGGUGCCUCCAUUUUCAGUCUCCUGGCUAUUGCAAUAGAGAGACACCUGACUAUGAUCAAAAUGAGGCCUUAUGAUGCCAACAAGAACUACAGAGUGUUUCUGCUUAUAGGGACCUGCUGGCUGAUUGCUAUAUCUCUUGGAGCUUUGCCCAUUCUAGGCUGGAACUGCCUGGACAACCUGCCCGAUUGCUCCACAGUCCUCCCUCUCUACACCAAGAAAUAUGUAGCUUUCUGUAUCAUAGUUUUCAUGGUUUUGCUCUUAGCCAUGUCAGUCCUGUAUGCCCGCAUCUACAUCCUGGUGAAGUCCAGCAGCCGAAAGGUGAGCAAGCACAGAAACUCUGAGCAUGCGAUGUCGCUGCUGCGCACCGUCAUCAUUGUAGUUGGGGUCUUCAUCGCCUGCUGGACGCCCAUCUUUGUCCUGCUCCUGCUGGAUGUGGCCUGUGAGCAGCGCUGCCCCAUCCUCUACAAGGCUGACUGGUUCAUUGCGGUGGCCGUGCUCAACUCGGCCAUGAACCCGGUCAUUUACACGCUGGCCAGCCGCGAGAUGAGACGGGCCUUCCUGGGUCUGGUGUGUGGCGUUUGCUACCGGAAGAGGGCUUCUGUCAAUGGCAGCGGGAACAAGCAGUCUCUGGAGCCCAGCCGCAGCAGGAGCAAGUCGUGGAGCAGCCAGAACAACCCCAACCAGAGCCAGCGGAGCUCCAGGCAGGCGGAGCUGGAGAAGGAGCAGGAGACAGACACAGGCCACGGCCAGGUGUCGGUGGUGGCAGGAGGGGCUGCUCAGGCCGUCCUCGAGAGUGACAGAAAAGACUGAAAGAAGGGAGCGAGAUAUCUACAUUAGAAAGGUGAGGGUGGUCCUAAUGUAUAAACUCAUCGAGUUGUGAUUGGUUUAGAAUGAGGCAGAGGCUGCAGGGCAGUGCUUUCUCCUUUGUGCUCAAUAUUCAUAUAACUGCAUCAUCCAUAAUUGGGAAGCUUAUUAAAAAUGUCCACAAUGGGCAUUGAUUAGUGUAUACCGCCAAUAUGUUCAUUGACACAGUCAGUGUCAACUUUGUCAAAUACAGGUCAUAUUUCAUCACCGCCCAGUGAGAAGCAUGUAUGUCCACAUUUGGUGAUUUUACAGUUAACUGGAGGAUAAACCCAUUACUGGUUGCGAAAAUAAACCCAAAAAACAACUGAAAAACUCUGGAUUAGCUGAAAAAAUGCAUUUUUCUUAGCUCAUGAAAGGUGGACAUUUUGGAGGUGCAUGGAGUUGCAGGACAAUCAUGAUUUGCAAAUGAAUGGUGCUCUUGCCCUUGACAAAAAAAGCCAUUAACCCCUGUGGUUACAGCUGUGACCAUUUCAGACAAAUAAGAAGUGAAAAAACACCUGCAAUGAAUACAAGUGCAAUUAUAGUUCUGCAAAACAAUGGAAUGAAGAAUGAUUGUAGACAGUUAUUAGUGUAAUUACAAACAGUGGAAAUUAUUUAUUAUUCUAUGCACACUCUUCUGUAAUUUUGUAUUUACUCUAUAAUCCUACAGUAUACUGUGCAGUUACUGUAAUGAAAACUGCAUUAUAAAUUGUGUAUAUAUGUGAUGUAAAUGAGAUAAAAACAUGCUGCAGAAUCAAACCUGCUACACUUUGCAUUAUAUCAGUAGCAUCAUGUUCAGACUGCAUGAUAUAGCUGUACUAACAAUUAAUGUAACUGAUGCAGUUUGUUCAACAUCAGUAGUUUUAAGUGAUACUAUGGCUCCAUCUGCUGGUUAAUAAUGGUAGUUAAUAUCCUCAGUGCUGGCCACAUAUCUUCACAACCUGCUGCAUGUUCAGAACAGACUCUCUUAAAUUUUCUUUUCAGUGCCAGAUUGAAAGUGUUGCGAGUAUUUAAUUAUCUAAUUAUCUAGAAGUGGAAACGUUUAAUAUCAACCUUAAAAGCAUGAAGAUGGUAAACUGAGGGACAAGGCAUGUGGAUGCAGCACGUGAAACAGAAAUAGUUCACUGUGUGCAGCUGUUUGUAUGAUGCAGUAGAUUAGCUUUGACACAAUGAGUAAAAAACGAGUAAACAUACAGUGUGAGGAUGACUCACCUGGAUCACCUCAUGUAGCCAGUAGAGAGUGCAGUUCUGCCUUGUUCAGUGUUGUAUCUUCCUCAUUCCUUUGAGAAAAUAACCUUUAUCCACAUUACAAAUAGAUAAAUAUCAUUUUCUCAUUUACUUGUAGUGGCAUCCAGCCAUGCAGGUACUUUUUGCUUUUGCAUGUCCAGGUUGUGAGAGUGCUGCAGCCACCACAAAACAGUGGAGGCGAAUGGAUUUUUGUGUUGCUCACAGCAUUGACAAAAUAACAUUAAAAUAUUCAACAGCAUCGUCUCUGUACAGCAACGGCAUCCCUGCGACUCUGGAUUAUUCAAAAACCUCAGUGUGAACCAUCUUCAUGGGAACUUUUUUUUGUACAAAAGGUCACUAUUAAAGGGGACAUAUUAUGUAUCUUCAACAAUUUUAUAUGAUUUCCUUGAAUCCACAGUAUUUUUAUUUUCCUCCCCUUCUUUUUUCACUCGUAUUGAAACAUUUUUGGUUGGUGUUGCACACACCAGAUUUUAAAUAAAUGAAUUCCUUACCUGCCUGGUUGCCCCCUAAAAGGGGUAAAACUAAAAGAUUGCUUGUGUCCUUGUUGUCACAUCACAAAGGGCAAUAAUUCUGAACAUCUUGUUUAAGCCAAAUCCAUAUGAGGCCAAACCCAUUUUUCCAUAAUAUGUCCCCUUAAAACAUUGUAUUCUGCAGAUUGUCCAGAAUAACAAGGACACUGUUUAUGGAUAUUUUUUUCACGGCCAAAAUAAACAAAAACAAUCUGCAUGGCAAAAUAUCACUAGAAGUGAGUGAGAAACCCUGUUUUUUAAAUAAGCAUGAACCAACCCUUUAAAAUUUUAGAGGAAACUGUGAUGAUACCGGCUAAAUGCUGCAUCUGUUAUAAACUGAAAUGUGUUAUUAUGGCAGCAGAGACAACAACAGAGCUUCUACACAUUCACGGUUUUAUUGCCAACAGUCAUACAGAAUAAUGAUAAACCCAUACAACCAAAAGAUUAAAUCUGUAAACAUCAUUUGGACUCAUUUCUUUGUUUUUAUUUCCUUUUUUUUUUACUAUACCUGUUCCAAAAUAGUGAGUUUCUGUGUGAUUCCCUCCGACAAAGAUUUAUAUUUAGAUCUGGAAAUGAUACAUUUAUAAUAUAUAAUAGAGAGGGAGGGAGGGAGAGAAAGAGACAGAGAGAGAAAACAGUAGUCUCAAGCAGCAACACGCAGCAGGGCAAAACACAACCUCUAGUGAACAGGCAUGCCCCAUUGAAGAUCAGCUAUUGCACUUUGAAGAGAGAGAGAAAGAGAAAUAAAAAUACCAUUUGUACAAAUAAAAGGCACAUUUUCAUCAACAGAAAUCUGGAAAGAAGCCAUGUUCUUUUUGUAUCCCAGCGUGUUUGGUUGUAUAAUUUCUUUAUGCCGCACAGCUAAUCGUCAUGUUAUCAGAGAGAUUCAAGUAUGGAGUUGUUCCUGCUUCCUACGCUUUGUUCAAAACGUCGCGCAUUUGGCCAAAGUGAUUACGAAUUUGCUCUUCAGCAAUAAAGACUAAACCCAAAAAGAAUUCUUUAUAUUGGCAUAGUGCUUUGUAAAGAUUUAGCGCAUUAUUCCUUCUCCCGAGAUAUUAGAUUUGAUGAAAUUAUGUCACAAAGUAUUGGACAAAGUAAAUGUUAAAGGUGGUAAAAGUGUAAAAAAAAAAAAAAAAGAAAACAAUUAUUCUUUGUGUCCCUUUCUUCUCUUGUAUCUCUCAAAAUGCCAAUAUUCUAGGCUGCUCAAAGGGA